GCGGCGGCGGUAUGCGGCGACAGGCGCUGGCGUUAUGGGCGCUGCUGUGGUGGCUGGAUCCCGCCAUGGCGGGCGGUCCCGCAGAUGCCAGAUGGAAAAAAAUAACGGACCAAAUUAAGAAAGCUGUGGAAGUCUAUAAGCCAUGUGUAAAGGAGAAUUGCAGCUGCCACCAAAGUGUCUGGAAGCAGGACCUGGCUCCUUUUCGGGGUGGCAUUUCCAAGGAAAUAAUGUCAGAUGUGGUGAGCCGGAAGCUUGGGACACACUACCAGAUCAUUAAGAACAAAUUGUACCGUGAGCAGGACUGCUUGUUCCCUGCAAGAUGCAGUGGAGUUGAGCACUUCCUUCUGGAGAUCAUCAACCGCCUCCCUGACAUGGAAAUGGUGAUCAAUGUGCGAGACUACCCCCAGGUCCCCACAUGGAUGAAACCCAUUAUCCCAGUCUUCUCCUUCAGUAAGACACCUGAUUACAAUGAUAUCAUGUAUCCUGCCUGGACGUUUUGGGAAGGAGGACCAGCUGUUUGGCCAAUUUACCCUACAGGUUUAGGGCGCUGGGACCUCAUGAGAGAGGACCUCAGAAGAUCUGCAGAAAAAUGGCCAUGGAUGAAAAAAAUCUCUAAAGCAUAUUUCCGAGGAUCCAGAACGAGCCCUGAGAGAGAUCCACUCAUUUUGCUGUCCCGAGAAAACCCAGAACUUGUUGAUGCUGAGUACACCAAAAACCAGGCUUGGAAAUCUGAAAAGGAUACAUUAGGAAAGCCUGCUGCAAAGGAAAUUCCCCUGGUUGAUCACUGCAAAUACAAGUAUCUGUUCAAUUUCCGGGGAGUGGCUGCCAGUUUCCGGUUGAAACACCUUUUCUUAUGUGGUUCACUUGUCUUUCACGUUGGAGAAGAGUGGUUGGAAUUCUUUUAUCCGCAGCUGAAGCCUUGGGUCCACUACAUCCCAGUCAGAUCGGACCUCUCUGAUGUCAGGGAGCUGUUGCAGUUUGUAAAGGAAAAUGAUGCCAUAGCACAAGAAAUUUCAGACAGGGGACGCCAGUUCAUUACUGAGCACUUGCAGAUGGAGGAUGUCUCUUGCUACUGGGAACAUCUGCUUUCUGAAUAUUCCCAAGCCUUGACUUACAAAGUGAAAAGGAAGAAGAGCUACAGUGAGAUUGCUCCUGAACGGCAGAAAACAGAAUUGUAGAGACUUCUCUGUUUGUUGUUUUUUUUUCAGGCUUCUUCAACUCAGACUGAUCUCUCUGGAAAUCUGAAGAUCAGUGUAUCUUCUUUCUUAUUCUCUCAAACUUCUUAUUCUUUAUUCUAGAACUGCAGAGAGCAGCAGUAGGCUGCUGAAAUCACUUCCAUACAGUGGGACCCAGUUGUACUGUUGCUGUAAGAUUGUUUAGUACAAUGUUGGAUGAUGAUA